AUGGAAGAUACCGAAGACGACAACAAAGCAACGACCGAACUCAUAGGGUUCCUGACUCCCACUACCCGACUGGAUGUUCGACGUGCUGCCCUUGACUACGUAAUCGCUGUCAGUGGUGUCCUCGAUGGCUCCGCCAGUCGUCUUUUCCUCGACAAUGAUUACGCGAUGGGAGAAGCGGUGUGCAAGCUUUGCGAGAAUACGCUAUCGGAUAGGUCUCACACUCUGUCUGCGUUGACGAACUUCUCUUCUGGAUCAGCUGAGGUGGCCAAUUACAUUCUGUCACGAUCAAAAUGCGCGCAGUUAGCAUUCGACGCCUGCCGAAGCCGGGCUCCUUUCGCCAACUUCGGUGCUCGCCUAUUGGCUAACCUUUCGAGGCAUUUUCCUGUCAAAGUUGCUGACCUACUCACAGCACAAGAAGAAAAGGCGCUGGAUAUACUAGUGGAACUUUUCGUGACGCGUUCAGAGGAUUCAUUCUCGUCCCUGAUUGGUUACACUCUCGUGAAUUUCUCCACACUAUCUACAACCAGACAUUCGUUGGUGAAUGGGGGGCUGUUACCGAAAAUCUGCUCAGUAAUCUCGGUGGAUGAGAAGAAAAGCAUUGCAGCCGACAUUUUGAGGAAUCUUGCUUUUGAAGAUUCUUUACAUCAAAUUCUUCUGGAUGAGAAUGACAUGUACUUGCUUGCUCUGCUGGUUCCGCUCGCAGACAGUGAGGAUGAACUAAACGAAGAAGAAACACAGAAGCUGCCCCUAAGACUGCAGUAUUACGAAGGGAAGCGAGAGGAUUCGGUGGAAGUGCGACAAAAGCUGGUCGAAGCACUUUAUCAGCUUUGUGCUACGAAACAUUCGCGAGAGUUGCUUCGUAGAAGAGGAGUGUACGCUAUUCUGCGAGAACUCGACAAAGCUACAGGUGGAAAUGAGAAGUCCCAGCCGGGUUUGAUUGGCGAAGGCGGCAUGCAACUGCUAACAGCUCAACAAGAACACACUUUACACGCUCUUAUUGGAAUUCUCAUCCGUCAUGAGGAAGAAAUGGCUAUUGAUUCGAAUGUAGAAAGUCUAAGAUUGCUUCAGUAA